UUCUGCACUAGGUACUUCACGGACAAUCUCUCUCAUGUCUUUUGCCUCCCGUGCGCGCCGUGGCCGCACGCCGUUUGAGCAGUGCCCAUCAUGGAACAUGAACAAGCACAGUUUAACGCACUGCUUCAGAACCUGCUGAGCACAGAUAAUGAAACAAGAAGCAGCGCAGAGACUGCCUACGAUGCCAUUCCUGCGAGCAGCCGUGUGCUGUUCCUGCUUGGAGCCAUGGGCCCCACUGCGGGACCAGAGGAGAUGCGGGUGCUGGCGGCUGUGCUGCUGCGGCGCCUGCUGUCAACAGAGUUUGACUCCUGCUUCCCCAAGCUGCCGGUCGCUAACCAGCAGCAGAUCAAGGAGCAGUUGCUUCAAAGCAUUGAAACUGAAACAAGCAACACCAUGCGCAAACGACUGUGCGAGUGUGCAGCUGAGCUUGCUCGCAAGCUAAUUGACGACGAUGCCAACAACCACUGGCCAGAGUUUCUCAGGUUUCUGUUCCAGUGUGCCAGCUCCACCAACCCUCUGCUCAGAGAAUCAGCCUUGCAGAUAUUCACGUCUGUUCCUGGAAUCUUCGGAAACCAGCAGAGCCGCUACCUGGAAAUGAUUCGGCAGAUGCUGGUGCAAAGCUUGGCUGACGCAAGCAAUGCUAAUGUACGAUUUGCUGCUGUGAAGGCCAUCAUCGCUUUCAUUCUUGUGCACGAAAAGGAAGUGGCUAUUCAAAGGAUGUUUGUGGAUUCCCUGCCCGCAAUGCUGCAGGUGGUGUCCGAAAGUAUAGAAGGCUUGGAAGACGACAGCGUGCUGAAGUGCUUUGUUGACUUGGCUGAAGUGUGUCCACGCUUCUUCAGGCCCCAUUUGGACACCCUCAUGCAAGUGUUCCUGAGGGUAACCGGGGAGCCCUCUGCGCCCGACACAUGGCGUCACCUGUGCCUUGAGACGCUGGUGACGUUGGCAGAAAGUGCACCGGCCAUGGUGCGCAAACUGGCUGGCAGGCAUGUGGCCCAGCUGGUUCCCCAGCUUUUGCACAUGAUGGUCCAACUGGAGGACGAACCCGACUGGGCCAUCCAGGAUGAAGUCCUUGACGAAGACCACGACAGUGAUCCCGUUGUUGGGGAGUCGUCUCUAGACCGUCUGGCCUGCAGCCUAGGGGGCAAGACCGUGCUGCCAUUGGUCAUGCAGUGCGUCACCCAGAUGCUCAACUCUGAGGACUGGCGGCAGCGGCACGCAGCAUUGAUGGCAGUGUCGGCAGCGGGCGAGGGCUGUCACAAGCAGAUGGAAGGCAUGUUGCCACAGUUGGUGGAUGGCAUUCUCAAGUAUCUUCAGGACCCUCAUCCCCGUGUGCGCUACGCUGCCUGCAACGCGCUGGGCCAGAUGGCAACGGAUUUCUCGCCGGGCUUCGAGAAGCGCUUCCACGACCGCGUGAUCCCAGGCCUGGCACUCCUGCUCGAGGACCACAGCAACCCGCGGGUGCAAGCUCAUGCGGGCGCUGCGCUCGUCAACUUCUUCGAGGACUGCCCCAAGCUGGUGCUGCUGCCCUAUUUGGAUGCGGUGGUGCAGAAGAUCGAGGCAGUGCUGAACAGCAAGAUGCGCGAGCUGGUUGAGAAAGGCACCAAGCUCAUGCUGGAGCAGAUUGUGGUCACUCUGGCUGCUCUGGCGGAUCGUGCCGAGGAGAAGUUUGUGGACUACUACGACCGCUUCAUGCCUUGCCUGAAGUACAUCAUCCAGAACGCUGCCACCCCUGAACUGCAGCUGCUUCGAGGAAAGGCCAUUGAGUGUGUCAGCCUUAUUGGACUCGCUGUGGGCCGAGAAAAGUUCAUCGCCGAUGCAAGUGACGUAAUGGACAUGCUGUUGAAGACACAAACAGGCGACAUAGAAAUCAGUGAAGACAAUCCACAGCUCUCGUACAUGAUAUCUGCUUGGGCCCGGAUAUGCAAAAUAUUGGGCAAGCAAUUCGAACCUUACCUCCCGUACGUGAUGGGACCAGUGCUCAAAGCAGCUGCGCUGAAGCCGGAGAUCGCCCUCAUGGACAGUGAUGACAUGAAGGUUGUUGAAGGAGACGAAGACUGGCAGUUCGUCAGCUUUGGAGACCAGGAUGAUGAAGACGUGUUUCUGCUGAGCAAAAUUGCGGACAUCCUGAGGCCACUGCUGUCCUGCUACAAGGAGGAGUUCUUCCCUCACUUCGACAAGCUGCUGCCUCAUUUUACAAGGCUGCUGGGUCCCGACCGACCCUGGCCAGACCACCAGUGGGGCCUGUGUGUUUUUGAUGACAUCAUAGAGUAUGGGGGACCGGCGUGUGAGCGCUAUCAGAACUACUUCCUGGAGCGGCUACUGGCACUACUGACCAGCACGAGUCCUGAGGUGCGGCAGGCAGCCAGCUACGGCAUUGGUGUGCUGGCACAGUUUGGUGGCGAAGGCUUCGUCCAAGCGUGUGUUCAGGCUGUGCCAGUGCUGGUCGCCAUGAUUGAAGCUCCGGACUCGAGGGCACCCGAGCGUGUGUUUGCCACCGAAAAUGCCAUCUCGGCUGUCAGCAAGGUGUUAUUGUGGCGUUCCCAGGCCGUCAAUGCUGAUGAACUUAUUCCACGGUGGUUUUCGUGGUUGCCUGUCUGGGAAGACGAUGAGGAAAACCCACACGUCUAUGGGCUGCUGUGUUCACUAUUAGAAGUAAACCAUCCAGCUUUGUUGGGAAAAGACAAUGCAAACCUUCCACGAGUGGUGAUGGUGAUGGCAGAGGCAUUUGCCAAGGAGGCAGUGGAGCCCACUUCACCUGUGGGAGCUCGCAUGGUGGCUUUGCUGAAUUCUCUAAAGGGCAAUGCAGAGAUGUUCGCCAUGUGCAUAACUCCACUAAGCUUGCCACAGCAAGAAGCGCUACAAAAGGUCCUUGGCGGAUGCUGAUGCCUUGACCCGUAUUUAUUGGACUGACAGCCACUUUUAGGCAGCACACUUUGUGAAUAGGAUAAUUUUGUACAUUUGCCUAAUAUUAGGUUUCUUCCUGUGUGAUAAGUGCAGGCCUGUUGUCAAGGAGGCCCACCCUGCUUCCGGGUGGAUGAAAAUAAAUGUGUGGAAGCAAAAAUACAUAAA